AUGGCGAGCAGAGACGACGACUACAACCAGGGGACCGGUUCUGCCGACCCGGAGCAGCUAUACUCAAAAGAGUACUGCAUUGGAGGGGGCAGUUUCGGCAAGGUCUACAAAGGCGUCGACAAGCGGACUGGCCAGGCCGUCGCAAUCAAGAUUAUCGAUAUUGAAAGCGCCGAGGACGAGGUCGAGGACAUUAUCCAAGAGAUUGCCAUUCUGUCCGAGCUCCAAUCCCCCUAUGUCACCAAAUACUACGGCUCCUAUGCCAAAGGCGCCGAGCUGUGGAUCGUCAUGGAGUUCUGCUCCGGUGGCAGCUGUGCCGAUCUCAUGAAGCCCGGUCUCAUUGGCGAAGACUACAUUGCCAUCAUUGUGCGCGAGCUGCUGCUCGGCCUGGACUACCUCCAUGCCGACAAGAAGCUCCACCGCGAUAUCAAGGCCGCCAACGUCCUGCUCGGCUCCAACGGCCAGGUCAAACUGGCCGACUUUGGUGUUUCUGGCCAGCUGUCCGCCACCAUGACCAAGAAGAACACAUUUGUCGGCACGCCGUUUUGGAUGGCCCCCGAGGUCAUCAAGCAGUCCGGCUACGACCACAAGGCCGACAUUUGGUCCCUUGGCAUCACCGCCCUUGAGCUGGCCAACGGCGAGCCGCCCUACGCCGACAUCCAUCCCAUGAAGGUGCUCUUUCUCAUCCCCAAAAACCCACCGCCACGCCUUGAAGGCAACUUCACCAAGGCAUUCAAGGACUUUAUCGAGGUCUGCCUGCGCCGCGACCCCAAAGAACGGCCGACCGCCCGCGACCUGCUCCGCCACCCCUUCAUCCGUCGCGCCAAGAAGACAAGCUACCUAACGGAGCUCAUCGAGCGCCACAGCCGAUGGAGUGCCACGCAUAAGGGCAGUGGGGACGAAGACGACUACGACGACGACGAUGGCGGCCACACGCAUACGCAGCAAGGGCAGGGGCAUGGCGGUGUUGCUGCUGACCGUGAGCCUGUCAACGAGGACAUGUGGGACUUUGGCACCGUUCGCUUGGUUGGUGGCGGCGGCGGACCGCCUGGGUAUGCUCAGCCACAUCCGGGUUUCCGUCCCGGCCUCAAUGCCAUGGAUGAGGCUGCCACAAACGCCCGUUCGUCGCGGUCCAGUGCAUCCUCAGACGACUACGGCGAAACGCGGCGGGAAACCAGCCGCAGUCCGACCAAGGCCACCUUUGACCGCGAACGCGACACCCUCAAAGCCGCAACAGCAGCAUCUGCCUCGGCAACGUCUGGGACGGCGCGGCAACCACAUCUACCCGAAACACCACGAGCGGCUGCCAGCAGCAACAGCAACGGAGACCUGCGUCCCAUGGCAGAGAACGUGUCUCCCGUGCAGCCAUCGCCCGACUACGACCGCGUACUGUCGGACCAGCUGCAGCGCGAUAUGGGCGGCAUGAAUCUCGCCUCCGCCAUCAACUCACCAUCACGGCAGCCCUCGGCAUCGUUUGACCCGUUCCAACAGCCACCAAAUCGGCAGAACGAGCGGCAUUCCCUAGUCUCCAAGAGCUCACAGCAACACCUGGAGCCAAGCUCUCUGGCACCAGCAAUUCCAUCGCUGGCCGGGUCUUCGUCGUCCCGUCCUCAGUCUCGUGUUGGUCCCAUGCAGCUGCCUGAGAUCCCUCCUUUCCGCGGCGGCGCAGCGGCGCAGGCAAGUACCGAGGUACGGCCACUGGUACAACAGCCAUUGCAGCCAAAAGCCGUCCUACAACCACCGCCAGGGCUACCCGUGCCGCAGCUGAAUGCACAGAUCUCAAACAACCAACCCGCAUGGCCUCAACAGCAGCAGCAGCAGCAGCAGCAGCAGCAACACCAGCUUCGGUCCAAUGCGGUGCCAUCUCAGAAUCAGCUACUUGCCCUGCCUGAGCCGACAGGCACGCCCGUCUCGUUUCCCUCGCCGGCCCCGGCCAACCCCAAUGGUGACCUUGAUGCGCUUAACGACGUCAUCUUCCCUGCCCUCGAGGAAGCCCUCAAGCGGAGGCAGAUCCGCGUGCAGAAACUGGCCCGUGCCGCUACGACAACCGCGACGACUGCAGCUGGUGUUGAGCUACAACAGCAGCAGCGAGCCCAGGUGGCCCAGGCUGAAUUAGCUCACGACAAGAUCCGCCGGCUGGUGUACAAGCUUGCCCAUGUCUGCAAGGAGAUUGACCACUUUGACAAGGCUGAGCCUGUCGGUAUGGGCAAGGACGUGGGCACGUUCCUCGAAGGUCUUCUUGAGGAGAUUCUCGUGCGUGUCGAGCCUCUCGACGAAGAGGCCGUGUAG